CAUUUUAAAAUCUUAAAUCACUUCUUUAAAAAAAAAAAAAACUGCACACGAAGUAAACGUUUAGAAGCAUUCAUGCACCAAAAGGGCCAGGACCCCUCUGUUUCCGGGCUUUUAUUUUGAAACACCGGCAGGAACUUGAAUUGACGCAUUGUAAUUGGAAAUAGUGAGCAGUAAAAGUAAAAAGCAGAUUGGUUUGUAAGACAUGACGUUUGUUAACUGAUUAGUGCUGAGGAAAUGUAAAUAAUGAGUGUCCCGUGAGACAUUAUAACUAACUUUUUAUUAGUUAUAUUCCAUUGUUGCAUGGACCAUAUAAUUUGACUAAAGUACUUUUUCCACUUCUUGAAUAUGAUCUAACUCAAAGUAAAUGUGAGCCCCUAUUUAAUAGUAUAAAAGGAGCACAUUAGAGUGGGAGCUAAGUGUUUGUCUGCCUCUUCUUCAGCCUCUCUGUCUCUUCUGCCUCUGUUUGUCUCCAUUCUGUUUCAGCCUCAUUUCACUUGUGUCCCACUGCUCUCAUCACUCCUUCUCUCUCCUGUGCCACUAGAUCCUCUAUGGUUUGACUGAACCAUCCUAAACAUACAUGCAUGUCAUAUAUGUGAAUUAUGAACAUAUAUAUCUGCAGAUAAUGGAUGUAUGUUUCUGUUUGUAUAGUAACAUAAUGACUUGUUGUGAUGUUAUUUUGCAUGGUUAGUGUUGAUUUCCAUGCUAAGAGCGUGGGCAGUAAUCAAGGGCAAGUAGGGAAUUCAUUUAAUGUUAAACAUUACGUUCUUUACUUUUUACAUUACAAAGGGGAACAUUUUUUUUAGAAUAUAUUUGAAUGAUAGCCUGCCUUAGAUGUUACCAUCCAAUAAUGUGAGCUAAUGACAAAUACAGAAUGUGUUCCAGCAUGAUGUCUGCCAGCAUUAGGCUUCCCUCUGUGUUGUCAGUUUGCUGGUUCUGUGUCUGACCGCUCCCCCCACCUGCAGGGCGUCCCUGUGGAGCUCCUGUGUGGUCCUGCCCCUCCUGGCCCUCACCUGGAUGUCGGCCGUCCUGGCCAUCACCGACCGGCGCUCCGCACUCUUCCAGAUCCUCUUCGCUGUCUUUGAUUCGCUGGAAGGCUUCGUCAUAGUGAUGGUGCACUGCAUCCUGCGCAGAGAGGUUCAGGAGGCAGUGAAGUGCCGGGUGGUGGACCGCCAGGAGGAGGCUAACGGAGACUCAGGAGGAUCCUUCCAGAACGGCCAUGCUCAGCUCAUGACUGACUUUGAGAAAGAUGUGGAUAUUGCUUGCAGAUCAGGCACCACGAAGCGCUCAUCUCUCCAGGGGGAGGAGAAGGCCUCCUCCGGGACCCUCACCCAUCAGAAGGGGUCUAACUUUAACACCCUGCCUGCCAGCAUGGCCAAAGUGCACCUCCAGAAUGUGGCCGACUACACCAGCCACACUCUGACGCUGCGCAGGGACAAGGGGCCCGCCAAGGGGAUCAGCACCGAGCUUCCGGGAGCCAAGUCCAUCUACAUCUGUGACGGAGAGCUCUUCAAGCAGCUGGACGGAGAGAUGCCGCGAGGGACCGGGGAGGGCAGCAGCUCCGAGGGUCCGGGCAAAGGCCCCGGGUACGUGCAUCUGCCGGGAAACAACACCGGCACCCUGAAGCUGGCCAAGGGGAAAGAGGAGGCCAAGUAUAACCUCGGCAUGGAGCAACUGCCUCAGACCCGGCUCAUCCACAUGGCUAACCCCGUCAACGGGGAGCCCAUGCCUGGCUUCGGGCUGAAGAGCCUGCCUGCCGACCAGAUCAGUGUGUCGUGUUCUGACAGAGACUCACCUGCACACAACCUGCAGAAUAUGCCCAGAGACUCGCAGGGAGCCAACAGCUUGUGUGAGGGGGGGGAGUCUGGACACUGCGCUGUGAUGUCCAAGAGCGAAACCGUGUCCACACUGUCCAUGAGCUCACUGGAGAGACGAAAAUCACGCUAUGCAGAGCUUGACUUUGAGAAGAUUAUGCACACCCGGAAACGCCACCAGGACAUGUUUCAGGACCUGAACAGGAAGAUUCACAGUGCAGACAAGGAUAGAGAAUCUCCACCUGUUGAUGCCAAAGCUGCCAAAAGAUGGAGUGUGUCCUCUGCCAGCAGCGACAAGACCAACAUGAGUGACAAGCAGCAGACCCCCAGUAAAAGGGCGUGGGAGGGCAUCAGGAAGACCCACUCUCCCCCCUCCUGGGUGAGGAAGGACCUGGAGACGGUGGCCGCCUCCCCACUGGAGCUGCAAGCUGUGGAGUGGGAGAAGACCAGCGCCACAAUCCCCCUGGUGGGCCAGGAGAUCAUGGACCUUCAGACGGAGGUGUGACCACCGCGGCCUCACACCCACCACUUCCUGUUUUCCCAAUGCGCUCAGACAAAACAAGCCGACACACCACACACACACUGCCCUGCUCAGUAUUUCUAAUCAAAGGCUGCUCGAGCCAACUGCGAGGAUGUAAGGGGGAGGAGUGCGGGGAGGAGAGAGAGGCGUCGCGAUAUCAGAAAAUAAAUUCAACCCACUAAAGAGAGGACAGGAUAAUGACCUCUCUUUCUGUGUUGUCUCAUUUGAUGUUUGAUGUCUGCUCAUCUUGUAAAUGGUCUCAGAAACCACAGACAUGCAGACAGAUUACCCAGGUCAGUUACUAUAUGAGCAUCAUAUGUUAUAAACCACAUAGCAAAGGCAACGUUUACCCCUGUAUCAAAUGAAUUUUAUAAUCAUGGUUAUGUCUUUUUUUCGUUUGAGAGUGUCGUUGCAUCACUGUUCUGCUCUCUCUCUCAUGAUGAACGCUGUCAGGCUCCAGAUGCCUCCGGACUGAUUGUUUCGAUCUCAAAAGGAACAAACAAGGCAGACUGCCAGAUAUUCAGCCAUGUGGCCCUUAAUGCAGUCGUCGCCCCCGCCCCACACACACACACACACACACACACACACACACACAAAACUCUCCCCAAUCCUUAUGGCUCCAACACUUUUCCCUCCUGAUGGGACCAGUUCUGCGUUGCAGAGACAAGCAAAAGGAAAAGGAGGUAAAAAAAUAAAUACAAAUGGAAGACGUUUCCCUGAUCAAAAUGGAACGUUGCCUUCUCAUCGAUGGACACCUUAGAGAGCAGUUCAGCGCUCUAAUUGGUCCUCAACCUCACAGCGACAUCAUGGACGCCAUCAGUGUGCCCAAUAGGACCCGCUCACUACAGACACAAGCUGUUUGACUCUCUCCGUGUACAAGCAGGCUUGGUACAGUCCAUGCAACAUAUGACGGUUUCAAAGAUGCGAAGGUACUCGUGUGUGUCAAGUAGUGGAAGAUGAGUAAAUGACUAAAUCUAUAAAUAUAUAUGGUAUGAUUAAAGGCGAGGAUGUAUAUGAGGCAGAGGUCAUCAGAGGUUGCCCACAGAAAGCACAAGGCUCACUUGGAGUCCUGAUGUACAGCAUUGUAAUUAUUACAACAGAGUUCUACAGAAUGGAUUUUAGCCUAUAAAUAUCUUUCUUACUGUGCUUGGGGAUAGUUGUUAUCAUUAUUAUAAAUAUGAACUUGAUUAUUCUGAUACUGAUCCUCCCAUCCCCUUCUCGUCCUGUCAGGGUACUGGACUAUACGAGUGUUCUGUAUCACAAUGUAACAGUGUGUGUUUUGAUAUUACCGCCAGUCACUCCCUCAGAUCUGUAUUUGUCGAAACCCUGACCUCCGACCUCUGACCCAAUGAUCUGCGCCCCAACCUGCCCCCCCUCCUCCCCUCACUGCCCUUCUUAAUUUACUGGGGUCGCCUCUUUGUUAAUGUACAGUUUUCAGAGCACAACAUGAAUGUGUCUUAUUUCUAAUAAAAGCAUAUCUAUAUAAUAAAA